AUGGAGAAGGACGCCAGCAGUGGAACGGGAGAUGUAGAUUGCAGCUUGGCUAAGACGGAGCAGCAUAAGCAAUUAAAGCAAGAAAGGGACACUGGGAAACAUGAAAAACAAUCUUCCUUGAAACAUGAGGAUGUAUGGCUGAACAUGAUUUUCCCUUUUCUUGGAAUGGGACAAUACGGUUUUGUGGCACCCGUGAGCCACAAAAUGAAACACUUGUACCUUGCAUACUGUGAAACCGUGGGAAAUCCUCCAAAGAUUGAUGAGCUUGAUGAUAAUGGAGAACUGUGCUUGGCCACGCAUACAGCGACUUUCUACAAUGCAAUUUGCUCUUCUGUGGCUCGGGCAGAGUACUGGUAUUCCCACUCCCACACUGGCACAGGUGGACAGAUCGAUGCCAAUCAGGUCUGUGCUGCUGCUGCCAAAGUGGGUAGUCUUGAAGUGAUUCAAUGGGCCAAAGAUAAAGGAUUCCAUUGGAAUCGAGAUACAUCAAAAAAUGCAGCCGCAUAUGGCCAUUUGGAACUACUGAAGUACCUCCAUGAGAAUGGCUGUCCAUGGGACUGGAGGACAUGCUGCUUUGCUGCUGAAAAUGGCCAUUUGGAAGUGCUCAAAUAUGCCAUUGAGAAUGGCUGUCCAUGGAACCAACAAGAUUUGCUCAUCAUUGGUACUCCUCAGGUAAAGGCUUGGAUUCAAGGUAUGUCCUAA